AUGUUCUUUCAAAGCGUUCAUGAGGAGAAAGACAAAGAGGUCUUGCUCCAUUUCAUCCGGCAAAACCCACUCGGGAUUUUGAUCACCGGUAUGAACUCUUCCCAGCAAGAUUUCCUACAAUGCACCCAUGCCCCAUUUGUGGUGGAUUUCCCCGAGGAAACCGGCAAGGCGGAACCCUAUCUCCGCGCCCACAUCGCCAAGCAGAAUCCGCAAGUCAAGACGAUGAUGGAGGUCGUCGAUGACAAGCCGCCGAACGUUCUUGAACUGGACAACGACGUCCUUGUGCUCUUCAAUGGCAAGCACGACCAUUACGUGACUCCGAAAUUCUAUGUCGAGACCAAGCCAGAAACAGGGAAGGUUGUGCCCACAUGGAACUACUCCGCCGUCCAAGCGUAUGGCAAGAUGUCGCUAUACUACGAUUCCAAAACACCCGAGACCGGCGCAUUCCUCACCAAGCAGCUGCAUGAUCUUUCGCAACAUGCCGAGACGUCAAUCAUGGGGUACACUGGUGGCGAGAAACCGCAGCCGUGGGAUGUGUCCGAGGCGCCUGACUCGUAUAUUGAUCUCCUGAAGAAGAACAUCGUUGGGAUUGAGAUUCGAAUUACCAAGCUUCAGGGGAAGUUUAAGAUGAGCCAGGAACAGCGAGUUGGGGAUCGUGAGGGUGUCAUCCAGGGUUUCGCAAGGUUGGGAGGUGAGACCGGCAAUGCGAUUUCGAAUUUGGUUAAAGAGCGUGGUGACCUGCGUGAUGCGAAGAAAUGA